AUGGCUGGGUCAGGGGGACCGGAGGGGCCCAGCCCCCGCAUGAGCGUGGCCUCCCAGUUCUUCAGCGAGGAGGAGUGCGGCAGCGACGGCAUGAGCACCUCCGAGAGGGUGGUGGAGCUGCUGAACCAGGCUGCCCUCAUCAGCAACGACUCCAAGAUCAACAUCCUCAAGCAGGUCCAGGAGUUGAUCAUCAACAAGGAUCCAACCCUGCUGGACAACUUCCUGGAUGAGAUCAUCGCCUUCCAGGCCGACAAAUCCAUCGAGGUCCGGAAGUUCGUGGUGGGAUUCAUCGAGGAGGCCUGCAAGAGAGACAUCGAGCUGCUGCUGAAGCUGAUCGCCAACCUCAACAUGCUGCUGAAGGACGAGAACGUCAACGUGGUCAAGAAGGCCAUCCUGACCAUGACCCAGCUCUACAAGGUGGCCCUGCAGUGGAUGGUGAAGUCCAAGGUGAUCAGCGAGCUGCAGGAGGCCUGCUGGGAGAUGGUGGCCACCAUGGCCAGCGACAUCAUCCUGCUGCUGGACUCGGACAACGACGGCGUCCGCACCCACGCCAUCAAGUUCGUGGAGGCCCUCAUCAUCACCCUGUCCCCCAGGGUGGCCGACUCCGAGGUGCCCAAGCGGCAGGAGAACGACAUCAGCCUGGAGAAGGUGCCCAAGGACCACCCCUACAUCAAGUACAACGUGCUGUGGGAGGAGGGGAAGGCAGCCCUGGAGCAGCUGCUGCGCUUCAUGGUGCACCCUGCCAUCUCCAGCAUCAACCUCACCGCGGCCCUGGGCUCCCUGGCCACCAUCGCUCGCCAGCGCCCCAUGUUCAUGGCCGAGGUCAUCCAGGCCUACGAGACCCUGCACGCCAACCUGCCUCCGACGCUGGCCAAGUCGCAGGUGAGCAGCGUGCGGAAGAACCUGAAGCUGCAGCUGCUGAGCGUGCUGCGGCACCCCUGCGCCGCCGACUUCCAGCCGCAGAUCACCACCCUGCUGCUGGACCUGGGCACGCAGCAGGCGGAGCUGGCGCGCAGCCUGCCCGGCGCCCGCGAGCCCCGCAAGCGCGCGCGCGACGAGCCCGAGCCCGGCCUCAAGCGCGUCAAGCUGGAGCCCCCCCUGGGUGAGGAUGAUGAAGACAAAGACCUGGAGCCCCCUGGCACGGUGGCAGUGCCCAAGGGGGGUGGCCAGGGCAUGGUGCCCUCCGACACCGACAUCACUGCCGAGUUCCUGCAGCCCCUGCUCAGCCCUGAGAACGUCGCCAACCUGGUGCUGAUCAGCAUGGUGUACCUGCCCGAGGCGAUGCCAGCCUCCUUCCAGGCCACCUACACCCCGGUGGAGUCGGCUGGCACCGAGGCCCAGAUCAAGCACCUGGCACGGCUGAUGGCCACCCAGAUGACUGCUGCAGGCCUGGGGCCAGGCGUGGAGCAGACCAAGCAGCUGAGGGAGGAGCCCAAGGAGGAGAAGGCCUCCAAGGCCGAGAGCGUGGUGAUCAAGCGGCGCCUCUCGGCCCUGGGCCAGGGCCAGGCCAUCGCCGUGCUGGGGGCCCAGGGCUGCGGCCCCAACCCCCUGGAGGAGGCUCCGCAGGCCAAGCGGCGCCCGGAGCCCAUCCUGCCGGCCAGCCAGCCCAGGCUGGCGGGCGCGGGGGGCCGCAAGAAGGUCUUCCGGCUCGGGGAGGUGCUGAAGCCGCUCAGCGACGUCCAGCUGGAGAAGCUGAAGCUGGCAGCGCUGCGCCGCAUCCUGCGGGCAGAGCGCGCCGUGGCCUGCAGCGGCGCCGCCCAGGCCCGGGUGCGGAUCUUGGCCUCCCUGGUGACCCAGCUGGAGCUGCCCCUCAAGGGGGAGGUCUUGGCCUUCAUCCUGGAGGACGUGCGGGGCCGCCUGGAGCUGGCAUUCGCCUGGCUCUACCAGGAGUACUGUGCCCACCUGGCACGGGGGGCACCGCCCGGCGCCCCCGAGCCCUACGACCACUGCCUCAUCGGCCUGCUGGCAGGCCUGCAGGAGAAGCCUGACCAGAAGGAUGGCAUCUUCACCAAGGUGGUGCUGGAGGCGCCGCUGAUCACCGAGAGCGCCCUGGAGGUCAUCCGCAAGUACUGCGAGGACGAGAGCAGAAGCUACCUGGGCAUGGCCACCCUGCGGGACCUGAUCUUCAAGAGGCCUUCCAGGCAGUUCCAGUACCUGCACGUCCUGCUGGACCUCAGCUCCCACGAGAAGGACAAGGUGCGGCAGCAGGCUCUGCUCUUCAUCAAGAGGAUGUAUGAGAAGGAGCAGCUCAGGGACUACGUCGAGAAGUUUGCCCUCAACUACCUGCAGCUGCUGGUGCAUCCCAACCCCCCCUCCGUGCUCUUUGGCGCUGACAAGGACACAGAGGUGGCUGCCCCCUGGACAGAGGAGACCAUCAAGCAGUGCCUGUACCUGUACCUGGCCCUGCUGCCCCUCAACCACAAGCUCAUCCACGAGCUGGCCUCAGUCUACACCGAGGCCAUCGCCGACAUCAAGAGGACAGUGCUGAGGGUCAUCGAGCAGCCGAUCCGCGGCAUGGGGAUGAACUCUCCGGAGCUGCUGCUGCUGGUGGAGAAUUGCCCCAAGGGAGCUGAGACCUUGGUGACUCGGUGCCUGCACAGCCUCACCGACAAGGUGCCACCCUCCCCUGAGCUGGUGAAGAGGGUCAGGGAGCUCUACCACAAGCGGCUGCCGGACGUUCGCUUCCUCAUCCCGGUGCUCAACGGCCUGGAGAAGAAGGAGGUGAUCCAGGCCCUGCCCAAGCUGAUCAAGCUCAACCCAAUCGUGGUCAAGGAGGUCUUCAAUCGCCUGCUGGGCACCCAGCACGGGGAGGGCUCCUCGGCCGUGUCGCCGCUCAACCCCGGGGAGCUGCUGAUCGCCCUGCACAACAUCGACUCUGCCAAGUGCGACAUGAAGUCCAUCAUCAAAGCCACCAGCCUGUGCCUGGGGGAGCGCAACGUCUACACCUCGGAGGUGCUGGCCGUGGUGCUGCAGCAGCUGCUGGAGCAGAGCCCCCUGCCGGUGCUGCUGAUGCGCACCGUGAUCCAGGCCCUGGCGCUCUACCCGCGCCUCGGCGCCUUCGUCAUCAACAUCCUGGCGCGCCUCAUCAUGAAGCAGGUGUGGAAGUACCCCAAGGUGUGGGAGGGCUUCCUGAAGUGCUGCCAGCGCACCAGGCCCCAGAGCUUCGCGGUGCUGCUGCAGCUGCCCCCUCCCCAGCUGGCUGCCAGCCUGGAGCGCUGCCCGGAGCUGCGCGAGCCGCUGCUGGCACACGCCCGGGCGCUGCCCCCGCACCAGCAAGCCCACAUCCCCCUGGCCUCCAUGGCCGUCCUGGAGGCCUCUGCCCGGCACGAGCCUGAUGCCCAGGAGGUGCCACCCGGGGAGGAGAAGGCUGCGAAGAGGCCAAGCGAGGAGGAAGGGAAGGGCAAAGCUCCGGCCGCAGCCUCUACCCCCCCCGAGGGGGACCUGGAGGCCCCUCCCAUCUUCAUCAGCGUCCCUGAGGACGAGGAGAGCUCCGGGGGCACCGAGUCCCCCCCGGACACUGCCCUGGACCCCCCCAAGGACUCCUCUGCCGGCAGCGACCCCUCCUCAGCCGGGACCCCCUCGGCCGAGGCUCCCUCCGGCAGCGACCCCUGCUCGGAGCCCCCUCCCCCUGGCACCCAGAGCCCGGAGGUGCCCCCGGGGCCGGGGCCUGAUGCCGCUCCCGGCCCGGCUGAGGCUUGA